AUGGCGUCGCGAAAGAGAUCGCAAAAAGCUGUUCAGGACAAAGCAACUAAAAGACGGAAAGAACAAGAUGCUCUUCUCGAAGGUGGGCUUUUCACCCGGGACGAUGUCGAGAACAUCGAAGAUGCAAUCCCCUCCAAGAAUUCGUGGGACGAUGAAGAACAGGCCUACGAAAUGACACCCCGUAGUCUUGGGUACGAGGAAGACCAAAUAGAGGGACUUCCUAUAAAAGUGAAAGGAAAAGUAGAGCGCAGAGUGAGAAAGUCCAAACCAGAGGAAAGUGACAAAAAGGAGGAAGAGGAAGAGAAGCCAGACACUGUUCCAGAAGACCAGCAGCAGGAUGAAAGCGAUGCAGAGAGCGAAACUGCACCAGUUGACACAGUAGAAGGUGUGAUGAGGCUGAAAGAAGAAUUAGCCGAACUAGUCGAAAAUCUUAUGGAGAACGCCGAGGAAAAUGUAGGCUGCCUGACCAGACUACGAAAGAUGGCACAAUCGAAAAACUCGAAUACUUGCAAAUUUUCGAUGCUGGCAUUGGUGUCAGUGUUCAAAAGCAUCAUCCCCAGUUAUAAAAUAAGACCUCUGUCCGAUUUAGAAAGACGAGAAAAGGUUUCAAAAGAGGUUGCAAGGCUUCGAAACUUUGAAGCUACCUUGGUACACAACUAUAAGGAGUACAUCGAAUUGCUGGCCAGUCUUGCGAAAACUCCCAAUAGCUCUAGUCCAUUACAGGUAUCACUGGGAAAUUUGGCCGCCAACGCACUUGUAGAAAUUCUGCCAACUGCCGCCCAUUUCAACUUCAACGGUGAAGUUUUCAGCGCCAUAAUACGUAGGAUUUGCAAACCAAAUCCUUCAGCUGAUCCAGUAUACACCUCCCUGGUCACGGCUCUUGAAACGGUGCUAAGUGAGGACGACGAAGGAUCAGUGUCGCUGGAAAUUGUUCGCAUACUGAGUAAGACUUUGAAAACUAGGGCCUAUUUGGUGGAUGAAUCAGUACUGAAUGUCUUGCUCUCCCUUGAAGUACUGCAAGAUUACGAUCCCAAUACCAAACAAGAGUCUGUAUCAAAACCAAAGAUGAAAAAGAAGGACAGAGUUCAUAUCUCCAAGAAGCAGAGAAAGGUCAGAAAAGAAAUGAAGAAGGUUGAGGAGGAAAUGCGCAGAGCCGAACAAACUGUUUUUGCGGAGGAAAGAGAAAGAAAUCAAGCAGAAAUUUUGAAGCUCACCUUGGCUCUUUAUUUGAAUAUACUCAGAAACGGUAUCUCACCACUAAUUGGUGCUGUUUUAGAAGGUUUAUCGAAAUUUGGACAUAUGUCCAACUUCGAUCUUUUAGGAGAUUUUCUGGAGGUCAUGAGGGAGUUAAUUGCGACCAGCGAUCUUGACAGUCUAUCAUCAACAGAAACGCGUAAAGUGCUUCUUUGCAUUGUGACGGCAUUUUCUCUCGUGUCUCGCCAUAACGCGAUAAAAAUGACAAUGGAUCUUUCGUCUUUCGUGGAUGCCCUUUAUGCCGUCAUACCGAACAUUUCUUUAGACGCUGAUAUCGAGUAUUCUCACAAGUCUUUGCGACUUGCGGAUCCUUUGAAUUGCGAUUUCAUUAAACCUUCUGUGAAUAUCUCAACCAAGGCAGAACUUCUUCUGCGCGCACUAGAUUACGUCUUUUUCAGAUCAAAGUCAGGAUCCAAGACCCGCGCGGCAGCCUUCACCAAGCGGCUACACAUGGCAGCCACUAAUACUCCCGAAAAAACUGUAAUAGCAUUGCUCAAAUUCAUGGACAAACUCAUUGGUAAAUAUCCCGAGAUUGGUGGUCUUUACUCUACCGAGGACCGUGUUGGUAAUGGAUCAUUCCAGCUGGAGGCAGACACUCCUGCGAGAAGUAAUGCCGAAGCUGCGACAAUUUGGGAAAACACUCUUCUCUUGAAACAUUACAACCCUCUGGUGGUGAAAGGUACGAAAGCAAUGUUAGAGAAGUCAAGAGAAGCUCUGAAGUGA